UCCGACAACCCUUGAGAGAGGUUGUAGUGGAUACCACUGCUUACUGAGUUAACACAAGGAAAAUGGUGGUGAAUGGCUUUCUCAGACCUAUGGAAUACUGAUUUUGCUCUUGGUUAGGCUCUGGCAUUGAAGAUAAAUCAUCAUUAUGAGACAUAAGGAACCUCUGCAUCGCUUGGCUCUUGGUUGGCUCUGGAAUUCCUGAUUUGGAAUUCAUUUGGAUUAACUACGAGGGAUCAUUGCAAUUUGAAACCAAAAGCCAGACUUCUUGGUGUGCUUGGACUCCUUCCCACGACCUGUUGACUUGGUUCUUCUCUGAAACACUGUGGAUAUUAUACAUAAUAGAGACCAGGAGGAGAGACAGAGAGACAGAGAGAAAGAGAAAGAGAGAUAGAGGCACAGAGAGAGAGCGGGAGAGAGAGAGAGAGAGAGAGAGAGAGAGAGAGAGAGAGAGAGGUCAGGCCUGACAGGCAGCAGUCAAAGGGAAACUUCCUGUAGUUCUGUGGCAGAGUGUUUGAGCCGGCUUACCAGAAUAAAUAAUUACUGUACGUUAUUAUAAGGCAUGAACUCCCUUUCAAAGAGCACAAAGAGCAGGGGGAAGCAGCGACAGUGUUCUGCCGGAGACGGUGUUGACGCGGCCCUAUAUUGCCCCCUCCAUGGGGUACGGCUCGGCCAUCUCUGAGAUAUGGAUGGCCAAUGGUGGGACCAUGCAUCUUGGCAUAGCGAGGCCUUGUCUAUGCACCCGAUGACAUGGCAACCAUCCAAAGAUGGCGAGCGCCUGAUUGGGCGGAUUAUACUAAACAAGAGGAUGAAGGAUGGAACGGUGCCCCGAGACACAGGAGCUCUGCUGGGACUCAAGGUGGUUGGAGGAAAGAUGAUGGAUUCUGGUCGACUUUGUGCUUUCAUCACUAAAGUGAAGAGAGGAAGUCUAGCAGAUACUGUUGGUCACCUUCGACCAGGAGAUCAGGUUCUUGAAUGGAAUGGGAGGGUCCUACAAGGAGCAACAUUCAAGGAAGUUUAUAAUGUCAUUCUAGAAUCGAAGCCAGACCCCCAAGUGGAGCUGGUUGUGUCCCGUCCCAUACGAGAUUCUCCCAGUAUCUCAGAGAGCACACAUGGACAACAUGAAUCAAGUUCGAGUUUAUUUGAAUCCCAGAAGAUGGGUCGAGCAAUAUCCGUCACAUCUCCCAUGAGUCCCGGGAUGCUCCGCUACUCCCCACAGUGCCUGUCUGGACACGUCUCAGUCAAACUGUGGUAUGACAAGGUGGGUCACCAGCUCAUAGUCACCAUCCUGGGAGCUAAAGAAUUUCCUUCUAGGGAAGAUGGCCGGCCCAGGAACCCCUAUGUUAAAAUAUACCUCCUCCCCGACAGAAGUGACAAAAGCAAAAGGAGAACGAAAACGGUGAAGAAGUCCCUGGAGCCUAAAUGGAACCAGACGUUCAUGUACAUGCCUGUCCACUGGAGGGAGUUUAGAGAGCGCAUGCUGGAGAUCACUCUGUGGGACCAGGCCAGGGUCAGAGAGGAGGAGAGUGAAUUCAUGGGAGGGAUCCUCAUAAACCUGGAGACAGCCUUGAUGGACGACACAGCCCACUGGUACAAGUUGCAAACCCACGAUGUAUCCUUCUUGGCAAUGCCCAACCCCUCACCCUACACGCAGAGGAAACUGCUGUCGGGAGAGAGCCCCGCUAGAAGGUUACAGAUGUCCCAGAGAAUUAUUGACAGUGAGUUCUCUGAUUUUGACUGCGAGGACGGGAUCGGUGUCAUAGCAGACUACAGACACAACGGUAGGGACUUCCAGAGCUCCACGCUGUCUGUUCCAGAACAGGUCAUGUCCUCCAACUACACCUCCCACUCUGACAUGGCCAGGACCUGGUCAAGGUCGCCAAGUCUUCCCCAUCCACAGAGUCGGAGUUUGGACCACGGCAUGCGAGGGGGACCGCUUUCUUUUAGCUCAGGUCGGAUGGACCGGCAUCGCUUGUCUGAAGACUGCUACUCACCAGACAGGAUGAACACUUACUUGGUCCAAACAAGCACAACUGGUUCCCCAGUGUCUCAUCAAAGAGGACGACAGCUACCCAACGUCCCAUCCAAGGGCUCACUGGAUCGAAAAGAUGGAGAGGAGAUGAAUCAUUCUUAUCAAGGAGGACCAAUGGCGUAUCAAACACCUCACCCCAUCCACUACCGAGUCCCCUCCCCUCUCCAACACCAGCCAUCAAUUCCUGUCCAGCAACAUCCUCCACAACCUCUCAUACGCCAACUAUCUGCCCCUGUACAGUACCAAAACCAGCCCCCUGUAUAUUACCAAGGCCCACCCUCUGCUCAGUAUCAAGCUCCUCCCCCUGUCCAGUCCCCAGCCCCUUCCCCAGCCCCUGUUGUAACCUCUCCUCCAGCCCCUGCCCCAACACCUGCCCCAGUUGUAACCUCUCCUCCAGCCCCUGCCCCAGCAGUACCUUCUCCUCCAGCCCCUGCCCCAACUCCUGCCUCAGUUGUAACCUCUCCUCCAGCCCCUGCCCCAAUUGUAACCUCCACUCCAGCCCCUGCCCCAGCACCUGCCCCAGUUGUAACCUCUCCUCCAGCCCCUUCCCCAGAGCCAGCCCCUUCCCCAUCCCCAGCCCCUGCCCCUGUUGUCACCUCUUCUCCAGCCCCAGAGCCAACCCCAGCCACAACUCCAGCCUCAAACCCUGUGCCGCCACCACAGACUCCUGAGCCAGACACUGAGAGAAGCCAGUCUACAGUCAGUAAUGGGAGGAACACACCUGGGGGUACGAGAAAAGGCAAGUGUGGGGAGUGUGUGUGA